GUACUGUCCGACAGUAUGGCAGCCACUAGCCACAUGUGGCCAUUGAAAUUUCCUUAUCAGCAAAAUCCUUACAAUCCGCGGGGCAGCUCUGCUGUCAUCCAGUGCUACCGAUGUGGAGAUACCUGCAAAGGGGAAGUGGUUCGGGUCCACAAUAACCACUUCCACAUCAGAUGCUUCACCUGUCAAGUGUGUGGCUGUGGCCUGGCCCAGUCGGGCUUCUUCUUCAAAAACCAGGAGUACAUCUGCACCCAGGACUACCAGCAGCUCUAUGGCACCCGCUGCGACAGCUGCCGGGACUUCAUCACAGGCGAGGUCAUCUCGGCCCUGGGCCGCACCUACCACCCUAAGUGCUUCGUGUGCAGCCUGUGCAGGAAGCCUUUCCCCAUUGGAGACAAGGUGACCUUCAGUGGGAAGGAAUGCGUGUGUCAGACGUGCUCCCAGUCCAUGACCAGCAGUAAACCCAUCAAGAUCCGUGGACCAAGCCACUGCGCUGGGUGCAAGGAGGAGAUCAAGCAUGGUCAGUCACUCCUGGCGCUGGACAAGCAGUGGCACGUCAGCUGCUUCAAAUGCCAGACCUGCAGUGUCGUCCUGACCGGGGAGUACAUCAGCAAGGACGGCGUUCCAUACUGCGAGGCUGACUACCACUCCCAAUUUGGCAUUAAAUGCGAGACUUGUGACCGAUACAUCAGCGGCAGGGUCUUGGAGGCAGGAGGGAAGCACUACCACCCAACCUGUGCCAGGUGUGUGCGCUGCCACCAGAUGUUCACCGAAGGGGAGGAGAUGUACCUCACAGGUUCUGAGGUUUGGCACCCCAUCUGCAAACAUGCAGCCCGGGCAGAGAAGAAGUUGAAGCACAGGCGGACGUCAGAAACUUCCAUCUCACCACCUGGGUCCAGCAUUGGGUCGCCCAACCGAGUCAUCUGUGACAUCUACGAGAACCUGGACCUCCGGCAGAGACGGGCCUCCAGCCCCGGAUACAUCGACUCCCCGACCUACAGCCGUCAGGGCAUGUCUCCCACACUUUCCCGCUCGCCCCACCACUACUACCGCUCUGCUGGAGAAAGUAACAUCUACCGGAAGCCCCCGAUCUACAAACGGCAUGGCGAUCUGUCAACAGCAACCAAGAGCAAAACAAGUGAAGACAUCAGCCAGGCCUCCAAGUACAGUCCAGCCUACUCACCAGACCCCUACUAUGCUGCAGAGUCUGAUUACUGGACCUACCAUGGGUCCCCCAAAGUGCCCCGAGCCAGGAGGUUCUCAUCUGGAGGGGAGGAAGAUGAUUUUGACCGCAGCAUGCACAAGCUCCAGAGUGGGAUUGGCCGGCUGAUUCUGAAGGAGGAGAUGAAAGCCCGGUCCAGCUCAUACGCAGAUCCCUGGACCCCUCCCCGGAGCUCCACCAGCAGCCGGGAGGCCCUACACACUGGCUAUGAGAUGUCCCUCAAUGGCUCCCCUCGGUCCCACUACCUGGCUGACAGCGAUCCACUCAUCUCCAAAUCUGCCUCCCUGCCUGCCUACAGAAGAAAUGGGCUGCACAGGACACCCAGCGCAGACCUCUUCCACUAUGACAGCAUAAACGCCGUCAUGCUCGUGGGCUUCGGAUGCAUUGAGUACAAGAUCUACCCUUAUGAACUGCUGCUGGUGACCACAAGAGGAAGAAGCCGUCUGCCCAAGGAUGUGGACCGGACGCGGUUAGAGCGCCACCUGUCCCAGGAGGAGUUCUACCAAGUCUUCGGCAUGACCAUCUCUGAGUUUGACCGGCUGGCCCUCUGGAAGAGGAAUGAACUGAAGAAGCAAGCCCGGCUGUUCUAGGCAGAGGCUUUAUAAAUAUAUAUCCAUUUAUAUAAAGAUAUAUGUAAAUCUCUAUAUGAAGCUUGGUAUAAUCCUCUCUGUGUAAUGGGACACACUGCCCACCAUGAGACUUGCUGUUCUGCACGGUCAGGCCAGCCUCAUCGUCAAGAUGUUUUUAUGCUCCUUUCCUUCUCUUUUCUAAGUGCUGUGGGGUUUGGGAAGGGAUUUGAGGGGACUCCCAUCCUUUUGCUGGGGAUCCUUUUUAUACUUAAACAUCUGUCCUAACUUGGUCCCCCAGGGUCCAACUCUCUUUGCUAAAGGAGGUGCCUGAAGACGUUUCUCUCCUCUCUGCUUCCUGGCAUUUCCCCCAGUCUCUGGGGCACAUGCUGACCAUGCAGUUUCACAUCUUACUGGCCCCAGAGGCCCCCCCACAGGAGGAUCACAGUGAGCACUGAACACCUCUGAGAGCCCAAGAAAAAUUUUCUCACCAUCCCCAGUUAGGAGUUCAGUGCUUCUGAUUGGUGACACCGUCAGCAGUGUGGGCCUUGGGUCUGUUCCUGACAGCAGCAAACAGAAGGGGACAGAGCCUUGGCCUCUCCUCAGCUCUCAGGCCUCCUCCUUCUGCCCUUGAUCCUAACCUCUCCUUUAACCAGGCCUCAUGGUGGGAAAAGAAAAGGCACUUCCCUUCCCCCACCACACCUCCAAAUGGCCUCUUUGCCUGGCCCCGCCUGGAGGACCAGGGAAGGAGUGGGAGCUGGGAGCAGGAGACAGCAGCACACCUGUCAGAGUCAGAGCUGCAGGAUGUCUUGGGACCCUCCCUUUCCCUCACUGCUCCCAGCACCUCCUGACCCUUCCCCCUUCAAAGGAGAGGCCCAUUCAGCCUGUACUCUUCAGCCUUACUACAAUCUAUGUGCCUGACUACUCAACACGCCACAGGGCUAACGCUCCUACCACAGUUCCAACUGAACAACGAGAUAGACAACCUCUAACACCCCUCUAAACAUAGGCCACAUCCCAAAGAAAGGUUCUUGGGCCAUGCCUGCUGGUCCCAGGGCUGGCUGGGAUAAACAACCAGACCCCCCAGCAAUCAAUUCCCACUGCAAAGUUGGCCACAUUUCAUGGGGGAAACUUUUGGGAGAAUGACUGCUUAUAAAAUUCCAAAAUACAGCAUUGACCAGCACACUCAUGAUCACCCUAGAUUUCCCUAAAGGCUACCUUUCCCGCCUCCUUGCCUUCUGGAACAGGGGUAAAAGCUUAACCUUCUCUCCACCCAUCCCCCAUCCCUCAACUAUGAGUUGGUGAUGUUUGGUGGGGCCUGUUCCUUCUUGGAGGUGCCUUUCAUCAGCCCAUUUUGAAGUCAUGGAGGAAGGAUGAAGUGGAGAUGAUCAUUAUGACUCUCAGAAGGCUGGUGAUGUGCAUGGCAGAUGUAGAACUGACUUCAAUUCAACAAACCCUCACUAAGUACCUGCUGUUGCUGAGCACCUUCUGGAUAGUGAGCACUGAAUGGAGGGGGGCCUGAUGGGAGUACUGGGUGAUCAACAUGGGGCCUGGUCUGGGGGGCAGGCCUACUAACAAUGGGUAUGGUAAGGCAUGUAUUCAAACAUGGUGGAGGUAAAGCAGAAAAUGAUAGGAGACAGCAUGAGAAAGUAUGACUAUUGAAAGGCAUAAAUAUAGUUGGUACAGACCAAGGAAAGCUCUGAAAGAGACUGCACUUCAGCAAAGCUCAGGAAGGAUCUUUGUAAACUGGGAGAAGACUGUAACUUGAAAGGGUGAGAGGAUGAGAGGCUAGAAGGGAGGUCUAAUAUACUCUUAUUUAAAAUGCCAACCGCUCUGCAACUUCUCUCUUUGGCCAAUGUCUUUCAGCUGUCCUGACCCUUUAUAAAUGUACCUGGCCAGAUGUAAUCACUGAAACUGCCCCAUUAUCACUGGUUGAGAACUUGGCAAGAUCAAAGGGUUUUGUUGUUGUUGGAUAUUUUUGUUUCCCAUAAAAGCACAUAAUUUCAACCCA